AUGGUCUUCAACAAUCUUGGGAUGCGGGCGUUGGAGAUCUGGCUUAUCAACCGACUCCUAAGAAGUUCCGCCUUCCAUCAGAUGGUCGGUCGAGUCCAUCAAUAUGUACAGCAUGUUCGACACGGCGUGCCUCUUGAGCAAAGUCGCACUUCACUCGAUAACCCAGGAACUCGCACUAAAUUCCUGGAAUAUUUCAAAGAGGAGCUUAAAGACCAAAUGAAAGGAAAGCCUCCGAACAAGCUGUAA